AUGAUCCAGUCUGGAGUUGCAAAUCUUGAUAGUGCAAUUGGUGUUUAUGCGUCUGAUGCUGAGUCUUACACUCUCUUCAAACCACUUUUUGACCCGAUCAUUCAAGACUAUCACAAUGGAUUUGGACCUGAUCAAAAGCAGCCUCAAACCGAUUUUGGUGAAGGAAAGACUCAGCUUUUGCCUGACCUGGAUCCUGAGGGUAAAUUCAUCAUCUCGACACGUGUCCAAUGUGGGCGUUUUCUUCAGGUUUUUGUGUGUUGUUAA